GGUCAGUAGUCGACUUACCCUCCGAAGAACCAACCCCGUGUAAGUGCCUCGCGUUCGCGUUACCGAGAAUAUAAUUGCGACAUUUUCUUGUGACAAUUCGCAGCCCGGUGGGUGAAUUACGAGUGAAAACGACGAAAGUGACGAGCUUACGCUCCGGAACGGAUGUAAUAAGAAUGGACAAAGUAUUAAAGGAAAUGAACGUGGCCUGGCGAUGACAAGCCUGAUCUUGGAGAACGCAGAUUUAAACCGACUUUUUCCGAAAUGUCGGCCUAGGGGUGGCCCACCCCCGAGUUCGGGGGCAGCAGCAUCAUCCACGCAGAUCAGUCAGCCCCCGCAUGAAAGCAUCUGCCAAAGGGAGGCCGCCUCUGCUGCUGUCGCUGUUACCACCAGCCUCACGAGCACACCCGCGAACACUCUCACGAACACUACCCUCGCAAUCGCCACAAACAAUAUCAACAACAAUAUCGCCAAUAAUAACCAUAAUAAUAACACAGCGCACCUCAAGCAAUCGCGACCGAUACAGGAAGACAUGAUCGACCUCGAGCGUGACAUCUCCGAUAGGACGUCGAGCAUGGUAUCCGGUUUCCCAGGCGAGAGUCAGCUACCUGUUAAUGUCAGCAGUAGCACCGGCGGCGUCGGCGGUCCGCUGGGAACGUUCAGUUCUCUCGGCACCCUAAACGCGAAGCCUCUGUCCUCGAGUUCCUCGUCCGCCUCCGGGCGCAGCGAGGACGCGCAACAGUACGGCAGCCUUGCGGGCAGUGACCAUCAGAGUCACUCGCAACAAGACGAUAGCGGCCCCGAAGAGAGCCCCGUGUACAUCCUGACAUCCGCCAAGGGUGAUCGCAGUUACAAAUUAAGAGACUCGAGAAUAAUAGAGAUCGCCGGUGGUCGGGAAGUAUUUUCACAAAGUCGGGGUAAAGUGGCAGCGAGAAAAUCGCGUUUCCUCGCAGCGUCCAAUUCAAUAAAUAAUGAAGAUGUGCAAACAGACAACAAAUUGUCGGUCAAGAGGAACAACAAAUCACCAAAUACUCAGACUAUAUGGGAAUUAAGGAGCAGAUGCGGCGAUGCGAGAAAACAGCGCUCAAACAGAGAGGUGACAGAGACUGUGUUCUCAUCAGAGAUUCACUCAGUACGGCACAACCCAAUGAAAUCAAUUCUAGAUUAUGAUUCACCGAAGAGCAAUCAUAGCAGCAAUCGCAUCAUUAAUUAUGAUUCAAUACUGAAUAGCAAUAAUGUAGACUAUGGUGUGUCAAAAAAUAAUGCAACUACCACCAAUACCACCAACGUGGAUCUCGAUUAUGGAUUGUCAAAGGGCUGUAUAGAUUACACCGACCAGUGUUACCAGUCGAAUCACACGACGCCGGCUAGGAGCAUGGCAAUCGUCAGCGAUGGGGAAGUUGUCGUCUUCGACGACAUCGACGACAACUGGCAGAAUCUGCGAUUGGAUCUGACCUCGAACAACACCAUUUCGAACAAUCAGAUCGCUGCGAGUAACAUGAAUCUCGAGACCAACGAGGAUUCGCAAAGAGGUCGCGUGCCACCGGAACCGCUCAGUUCUAGCAUCGGUAGCACUCCGAGUCCCACGACGACAUAUCAUCGUAACACCUCGGACUUUUUUAAGGUGAUCACCCCAGCGAGCGAUUGCGAGAUAGACUCGCCCUCUUCGGAACGGAAUCACAAGGUGACAAGAGUGAUCGGCGAAUUGCCGAUCGCGCAAUACUCGGAGAGUCCAAGACGGUACGGGGUACGCGAAACUCAACUCCCUUGUCUUCUUUCGUCGCCAUCUGUUUACAUGACACCGAGGCCCGGUUUCCCACAAAGAGUGUUACCGACUACACCGAGUCACAAUGAAAAGGAAGACACUUCGGCAGAAAUCAUCGUGGAAAAGGCUGUGGUAGAAACGAAUAUGAAUUACACCGAUGAUCAAACUGUGGACGUGUCUCCUCCGUCGCCGAAGAUCGAGGACGAAGAGGAAGAGGAAGAAGACGAUUCUCUGAAACCGAGUUCGACCGUUCCGACUACUGACAACAUAAGCAAUCUCGUAUCCUCCGGCGGUAGCACGUUCGAUUAUCUGUACGAAUUUUCGGAAACGCGAAAGGUGCUCGAGGAGUUUUUCAAGUGUCCGCCUCCGACCAAGGAGAAAGAGAACAGCGUCGAUUCUUUUCCAUUUCAAGACCUUGAUUACGAAUUAAGAAGACAGGGUGGAAGCGCUUACGUCGGUCAACGACUAGCUAGUGGUCCACCAACAACGGAAGAAGUCCUUGUUCAUGAAUCUCCUAAGAAACAAAGAAUGGAAUAUCCGCAAAAUACGAGCGAGCUCGAAAACAACUUUCUGGACCUCUCUGUUGAUACUGGUAGCAGCGAGGAUCUAGGUGAGACGGAGGUUGGUCUCCAGGUUGGUCACUCGCGAAAUUUCACCUUGAGUCCGGAGACGACCGAUUGCGAUAGCAAUUGCGGCGACCUCGACAGCGAAGUCUCAUUGAUGAUGAUGGACAAUGAACUGAUACCGGCUAGUGGUCUCCUCGGCUCGGUAGGCGAUCUGGGGAACAAUUCUGACUCGUUAAGAAUAUACACCAGCAUGCCCGUCCUCGAGGACGGUUUGUCCAGUGGACAUGCGAGUGACACGGAUAAUAAUAAUCCUACCGUAAUGUUGAUGAAGCGACAGAUUAACGAAAUCGAGAUAGAGAUUAUUCAACGUAGUCGCGUUAAUGAUAAUCAUCCUACGGAAACGGAUACCGUGGGAAAGGACGUUUCCAAUCUGACAGUUAGCAAGGAUAUAUUGCAUUCGCUAAAGUCUUCGUCGCCGGAUCUGUUCGUUUCGAAAAAAGAGAACUCGUAUGAUACGAACGAGCUACAAUUAGAUAGUCUGGAUCCUCUGGGUACACCGCCUCCACCGGCGCCUCAAGCCAGGCAAAAUGUGAAUUUAGAAAUUGGGGGAGAAGUGGAAGCUGCUAUUAAGGAUAUCAGAAUGGCUCUGCAGAGGACUAAAACAUUGCCGGUGAAGUCUACGGCGGAGGAACCACCCGAGCCCAACGUCAGUCCGAUUUGGAUACCAAGUUUAUCGGAUGGCAGGCGGAGAAUUUGCGUUGAGAACAAUAGCGACGAGUCAGAAAUGAUCCGUCGACCUGGCGAUGACGCGGAUGUCGAGAUCGAGGAUGGCCCAGACGACGAAGAGGCCGACACCGAUCUUGAGACAGAUCGUCUUCUGGGACAACAGCGAACAGACGACCAGGGUUUUUACGACGAUAAGGGGUGGAGGAAGCCUAAGACUAGGACAAUGUUGCCGCCGAUGAGCGGUAAACUGUCCACCCCAAAGCAAACGCCCCCGAAAAGCCUGAGCGUCGUCCCGGUAGAGAGCUCGUUGUCGCCCGCGGAACCGCCGCCUUUGCCCUUGGCCUCGACUUCCGCCUCCUGCGUCUCCGCUUCCGCUUCCGCCUCCGCAUCCGCGUCCGCGUCCAUAUCACCGCCCCCGGUGGUGUCCGUGAUGCAACCGCCUGUCGUGUCAGCCGAUUGCGACGCGAUCACCACCCCCACGAAACCUUCCGCGGUCGCCAGCCCGCAGAAGACCCCGGCCAAAAACUCCCCCUCGUCCCCGCAGAGUCUGAAGGAGUCUGGCAACAAGGUGAAAAAGGUUGAUCAUUGUAAUUCUAAGUGGCGGGUUUACGUUGACCUUUCAGCUCUUCUUGACGACUCGUCAGUGCUGAUCGAGGGUGUACUGUUCCGAGCGAGAUACCUCGGUUCCACCCAGCUAGUCUGCGAGGGCGAACCGACGAAGUCAACGAGGAUGUGCCAAGCCGAGGAAGCUGUGUCUAGGAUAAAGGAGGAGGAGGAGGAGGAGGAAGGGCCAGUGUCCACGGCCCUGUUAAGCUACGACCUCGGCUCGCAAGGGAGCCUCGAGGAGGACGAGUGCGACUCUAGCGAAGAGCUUAUGGGGGCCCGUUGUUCAACCCCAAACGGGAAUGCCGGGGUGAUAGCCAAGCAACCCGAGCAACAGCUCCGUAACCCCGUGGACUCGACCACGGCCCCGAUGGGUCACCACGAUACGAAACUGACCCCGAUCGGGCCCACGGAGUCCUCCUCGGCCGUAUUCAGGCUCCACUUUCUCGGAUCGGUCGAAGUUGAAGAGGAAGGGAGACGUAAGCGCCUUAACAACCACAUAGUGCGGGAGGCUGUGACUAAGAUCAAGGCGUUGGCACCGGACGGAGAGACACAACCGAGCACCGAAGUGGAUCUGUUCAUAUCCACGGAGAAGAUAAUGGUCCUGAACACCGAUCUAAAGGAGAUAAUGAUGGACCACGCGUUGAGAACAAUUUCCUAUAUCGCUGACAUCGGCGACGUCGUGGUGUUGAUGGCCCGGAGACGUUUCGUACCGCACGAGAUGGAGGAAGCGCCAAAGAUCAAUCGUACCCCGAAGAUGAUUUGUCAUGUGUUUGAGAGCGAAGAGGCGAGAUUCAUCGCGCAGAGCAUCGGUCAGGCGUUUCAAGUAGCGUAUAUGGAGUUUCUAAAGGCGAACGGUAUUGAAGAUCAUAGUUUUGUCAAGGAGAUGGACUAUCAAGAGGUUCUCAACUCUCAGGAGAUAUUUGGCGACGAGUUGCAAAUGUUUGCCAAGAAGGAAAUGCAGAAAGAGGUGGUGGUGCCGAAAGCGAAGGGUGAGAUUCUCGGUGUAGUGAUCGUCGAAUCCGGAUGGGGCUCGAUGCUACCGACUGUAGUGAUCGCAAAUCUGGCACCGGCCGGUGCCGCGGCGCGUUGCGGACAGUUGAACAUCGGCGAUCAAAUAAUAGCUAUAAACGGGGUGUCGUUGGUCGGUUUGCCGCUAUCCACCUGUCAGACUUAUAUAAAAAACUCGAAAAAUCAGACUGUGGUGAAAUUGACGGUGGUGCCGUGCGCCCCAGUGGUCGAGGUCAAAAUAAAACGACCCGAUACCAAGUAUCAGUUGGGGUUUAGUGUACAGAACGGUGUCAUAUGCAGUCUAUUACGCGGUGGGAUCGCGGAAAGAGGCGGCGUUCGAGUCGGUCAUAGAAUCAUAGAAAUCAACAACCAAAGCGUGGUCGCGGUGCCCCACGAGAAGAUCGUCAACCUCCUAGCUACGUCUGUCGGCGAGAUACUAAUGAAAACGAUGCCCACGUCAAUGUUCAGGCUACUAACUGGCCAGGAGUCUCCAGUGUACAUAUAAAAAAACUAAAAACAGAAUACGCGAGAAAUAAGAAAAAAUAAACAGCGUUCGGUUGCCUGGCUGAUUGAUUGAAUUGCGUAGUGAACAGACAAUACAUCCGCCAUCCAUUAUUUAAUUAAUUCACUGUCCUCUAAUCUCUUAUCUACCUUUCUCUGUACAGAAUUAACUCGAACGCAAAUCUCGGCUUUGUGUUUUCUCGAUUCUCGUGGAAUUAUAUAUAUAAAUAUUGGUAAUGAUAAUGAUAAUAAUAUAUUCUCACUGGCUCCUGCUUAGCAACAAUAAAGAAACUCGACUCGCGAUAAGAUAUAAUAUAUUAAAUAUUUACAUAAAAGCCAGAAAUAUAUAUAUAUAUACACACAUAAACGUUUUAUUUAUGAAUGGGAUUCUCCAUGUCUGUUUUCUGUGUGAUAAAACUAAUGAAGAAUAUAAUAGUAUUUGUCUGAUUAAGUAAUUUAAAAUUAACGUUAAGUGAUGAAAUUUUUUUAUAUGUCCUUUUUUUCGUGAUCAAAUUCGUUGCCAAUCCGUUUUUGGUCGAAUUUUAUAUGUCGUAGAAUUUAUUUACGCAAAACACACGCAUAACGAGACGAAUAAUAGUAAUAAUAUAUUUUACUGAAAAAUUUGCUUUAAAAAUAUAAUUAAAAUAUAAUUAUUGUUAACCAAAUCACGUACAGUAUCUAAAGCGGAACAACUUUUGAAGUAAAAAAAACGAAUAAAGCGAAUGACAAAACUCUUUGUAUAACAUUUACAUAUACAUAUUUUUUUUUCUUUAAAUAUCUGCAUAUCUUUUUUUAUUUUUUAUUUCACUUCAUGUGCUGUCGUCUUUUUCAUAAAAACAUUAUACGUACUUUCUGUGCAAAUUAUUUGUCAAGAGGAUAAUACAUGGAUAAAUAUGUGUGUAUGUUAUUUUUGCGAAAUAAAUAAGUAAGUGAAAAUUAAACGAAGGAAAGGCACUUGAUGGUUCAAAUUUGGAAGUACACGUGUUUACUUUCAUACAAAAUUGAAUGUAAAUUGGAAACUCUUGAUCGUACUCCAAAGUAGGCGUUCGAGCAAAGUUAGUCCAAUUUAAUUUCAGUUUAUAGUUAAACUGGUUCAGGAAUUCAAAUCUGUACUGGAAAAUGUAAAUUACUUGAACGGUUUUUGUGUCAUUCAAGUCCCAAGUCUGUUUGAAUUCAACUUGCGAGUAUACUAAGAACACACAUGAAGAUGUAUUAAUUUUCAUCAAAUUGAAUUCAGCAUCGAGAAUCGCAUUCCACGCGAUCAAGGGACGCGCCAGCGUCCCGACGGCAAGUAAUAUAUAGUGAUAAAAGUCGGAAUACGCAAAAACAAGAGUGCACACAAUUUAUAAAUAGCACAAAUGAAAUAAAAAGAAAAGAUGAAGAAAAGCUCUCUAUGAAUAGUUUAGAGCGGAGCUGAUGAACUCUGUAUAUUUAAAUACAUGCAUAUGCAAGACAGGGAAUAUGUUUCUGUUGAGGGCCUUAAUCAUAUACUGGUAUCUAUUUUAUUUGCCGACAAAAUGAAUAGUGUAGGAACUGAAAACUAUUAUGAAUAUUAUUUAUCGUAAUGAGAUUAUAAUUAAUAUCUGUAACAGUUUUCAUUUGUUACAUUACUUGUCCUAAAUUAUUUUCUUUUUUAAAUGUAUUUCUUAAUUUUCUACUCAACGUUAUUAAUAUUUUCGUGUACCAUGAUUAAAAAAAGACAAUGUAUAUUUUAUUUAACAUUCAGUAUUAAUUAAUACAUAUAUAUCACUGUAAGUGUGCCCACAAUUAACAAUAAGAAAGAAACAAUAUUCUCCCUGAAGUGAAUUGCAAAACGGAGAACUCGCUUUUAAUUAAUUAAUUAUAAUAAGUAUGUAAUUGCAUAAUGGAAUGUACAAAAACUGAAUUCCUAUAAUCCGCAUAGAAAGGUUAAUAAAUAAUGCGUAAUAAUGAAACACAUAGGAUAUUCCAUAAACAAUAUGCUUUAGUUUUGAGUUAUUAAAUUAUAAUUAAUAUGCGUUGAUUGUAUAUUUACAGAAUGCGAGUGCGUGUAUUAUUAUUUUCUUUUGUAAAGUAACAGGAGAACUUGGAACUAUUAUUUAAAUUGUGAACAGGUUUCAAAAUGCAUAUGUUAUUAGUUGAUUAAGUUCCAAAAUAAUUGAUUAAGUCGAGGUAACUAAUCAAGUUACAAAACAACGCACUUGUAAAUUAUUUUAUUACAUUUUACUAUUCGCUUCUUUAAUAUUUUCGAAAAUUGUUUUAUCCGCACUAAGUGCGGAUAAUCUUUAUUAUGUGCAAUCAUCAUUCAUUCAUUAUCGAUAUCAUUUAUUCGUCAACUAUUGUUUUACACUUAUGAUUAAUUAAUAAUUACCGUUUACUAAUUAUUAAUUAUCUCACGUGCUAUGCUGACAUAU